GUAUUACAUUCUUGGAAGUAAUUGAUUAUCGCUUGGUUUUAAAGUAUAUAAACGUACGUUUGGUUUCAAAAAAUUUAAUUCAAGAAUAUUCUUUAUUCAAACAAACUCUUCAAUACUUUGAAAUCUCAGUCAACUUAUUAUUAUUAACAAUGAAUUCUUCAAUUGUUUCAAUCGUUGUGUUCGCCGUUUGUGUGUCACAGAUAUUAUGUAAUCCGGUGGCCGUAUCUCUUAACCCAAAAGUGGCCGCUUUGAAGGCAUUUAAAGCAAAAACAAGUCCUGAAUUGUACGACAAAGACGUUCGCCCGAACUUAGGAGAAAUGCCUGUUAAAAUCAACGUUAGCAUGUAUGUCAUCGAUUAUAAUUUGGAUUCGCCGAACAGGGAGAUGAUGGUGAACAUAUAUUUCCGCCAACUAUGGAAUGACCCCCGACUGGCCAAUGAAGGCAUUACCGAGAGUGCUGUCGGUGGGAAGUCACUGGUGGACAGGGUUUGGAUUCCCGACACAUUCUUUGCCAAUUCAAUGGAAGUAUUGGCCAACAAAUACCCGACCCGUAACUCAUUCCUUAGGGUUGAGCCGAACGGCAAUGUUUUCUACAGCGAGAGAAUUCGGGUUCUGUUCCGAUGCGACGCUCGUAUGUCCACCAAAACCGAUGAAUGCGAUCUUGAAAUGGAGUCGUAUGGAUUAGGUAUGACUGAUAUUGAGUACGGAUGGAAAAAUGGUGAAACUUCAGUCAAAUUUGACCAACGUGGUAAUAAUCAUAAUAAAUACAAAAUGACACAAUCGUUGGGCAAAGAGGAAAUUAAGUUGCUACCCACCUAUGUUUUUGAUAAACACAACUACUUUAUACUGAAAGAACUCGUUAUAUUAUGUAAUCCGGUGGCCGUAUCUCUUAACCCAAAAGUGGCCGCUUUGAAGGCAUUUAAAGUGAAAACAAGUCCUGAAUUGUACGACAAAGACGUUCGCCCGAACUUAGGAGAAAUGCCUGUUAAAGUCAACGUCAGCAUGUAUGUUAUUGAUUAUACUUUGGAUUCGCCGAACAGGGAGAUGAAUGUAAACAUAUAUUUCCGCCAACUAUGGAAUGACCCCCGACUGGCCAAUGAGGACAUUACCGAGAGUGCUGUCGGCGGGAAGUCACUGGUGGACAGGGUUUGGAUUCCCGACACAUUCUUUGCCAAUUCAAUGGAAGUAUUGGCCAACAAAUACCCGACCCGUAACUCAUUCCUUAUGGUUAAACCAAACGGCGAUGUUUUCUACAGCGAGAGAAUUCGGGUUCUGUUCCGAUGCGGCGCUCGUAUGGCCACCAAAACCGAUGAAUGCGAUCUCGAAAUGGAGUCGUGUAUGUCAUCUGAAUUGGAUAUUUGCUAA